UUUAGGAGGAGAGCGGGCCGCAAUUUCUCACAUAUCCUUGCCACAGUGCCACGAGCCGCCAGCCACCAAAGUCGAAAACAUCGCCGCCCCUCGCCUUCCACCAUGGUUGUGCGAUGCGCCUCUCCGGCAGACUGGUGCGCACAGAUGGAUCCUUCCAAGAAGAGUGCCUGCGCCGCCGCCGACCUCACGGAUGAUAUCAUCGUCGAGAUCCUGUCGCGGCUGCCGGUCAAAUCGAUCUGCCGUUUCAAGUGCGUUUCCUGGCAUUGGUACGGCCUAAUCACCCACUCCGAGCACCGCAAGAAGAUCCCCCAGACGCUAUCCGGCUUCUUCUACGGCUUCGUCCACCACAGAGGCAGGUUCAACCGCGAGGAGAACGACAUAAUAAUAUUUUCAGAUUUCAUGGACAUCACAGUACGCGAAGAGCUGCUGUUUUUGGACCCCUCGUUGCCCUUCCUGACCGGCUACAGGCAGAUUAUUCCAAAGACCUGCUGCAACGGCCUCCUGUUCUGCCUCUGUAGGAAGGUCUUCCCCCGUGAUGAAGCUAAUUAUGUUGUGUGCAAUCCUGCAACAGAGAAAUGGUUUGUCCUGCCGGAGUCUGACUAUGAUAGUGGUGCUUGCGCAUACCGAUUCCGCUUUGACCCGGCUAUCUCAUCCCACUUCCAUGUGUUCCAGAUUCUAGAAGAAGACCAGGGUUAUGGAUUUAUUGCUGUUGCUGGUGUGAAUAUCUACUCGUCAGAGACAGGUGCCUGGAGCCGCAAGGCAAAUGGUUGGGGCAAUAACCUUCAGUUAGUUGAUUCCAUAGAGUUUUUUUUCAAAGGAAUGUUGCAUCUGAUGACCAAUUGUUUCAAGCUACUUGCAGUGGACACACAAGGUAAGAUAUGUAGGACCAUUCCUUUGCUGGAAACUAUGUGUGCUGAAAACUUCUGUACAGACAUUUUUUCCAGUAAUCUUACUCUUAUUGGUCAAUCACGGGGGCAAUUGUAUUACUUCAAUACGAGGGAAAGGGAUCUCUCUGUAUUGUCAGUCUGGAUUCUUGAGGACUAUGACAGUGAUGAAUGGAUAUUUAAGUACAACAUUAGUACUUCACAGCUUUUUGGAGAGAAGGGUCUUGGGUUUGCUUUGAUCGCUAUCCAUCCAGAAUGCAGCUUGAUUUACUUUGUUUGGAAGUGUGAGGGAAUACUGAUGUCAUAUGACAUGGAACGUGGGAAAGUUUGUGUUGUAUGCAAUGCCAUGGAGCAUUUGUAUGACCCAGUUCUUUAUUAUCUUCCAUACGUUCCAUUUCUCUCGGGCUCAGCAAGGCUAGAAGCAUAAUUUCAGCAGUGUGAAGACCAGCAAUUGUUACCCUGAAAUCAUAUGGAUGUCUUCUGUUGUGACAAACUUCAACAAUGUAGCUGAAGCUUGGGUACCUCUACCUGUCUUUUCACCCCCUGUUAUUGUGUUAAUGUUUUAGUGUAAUAUUUGUGAUCCUUUUUAAUUUGGAAGAAAUAUUGUGUCAUGUAGAACCUGUAUCUUAUCUUUGCUGAGAUAGCGUAUUAAAUUAUUUUUUCCUUGUUUUUUACUAGAUAUUUUUGUUGACAUUUAUCA